CUUCACGGUAUAUGCAAUUUAUUUACAUUCAUAAUUAAAUUUUGAAUUUGCUGUGUUUCAGUGCAAUACUUUUGUUUGUUUAAAAUGAAAUGGAGGCACGCGCUUUGUUUGUUAACAUUCAUAUUGAUUUAUAUAUGUGCAAAAUCCUCACUCGAAACUGAUUUAAAAAAAUCUAGAUCAUUAAAAGCGAUACUAAAUGCAGAAAACAAAAAAUUGAUGACGGAUGACGACGAAGAUAGCGAUGGGAAACAAUUACUACAUGGGCCUUUACAAAAACAUCGGCCGCUUACUGCUGGUGAUACAUUCACGCCGCAAGAAAUGUUACCGAUAGCAACAAAAUUAUUGCAAAAAGUUGGAGAACCAGGACAUGGAAGGGGUUUUAUAAGCUCGACAAGAUAUCCCGAAGAACUUGCAGAUAAAUUGUUUGAAGCAUUUUUCGCGACUACAAAAAGAAUUAUUAUUUUAAAAGAUGGUGACAUAUCUGGAAUAGAUGCUCUCCAAGCUUUAGCUCUUAGUGGAGAAGUCGCAGAAGAAACUCAAGAAGAAGAAGACCCCGAAUCUUUAUCAACCGUGUAUUUAAGAGGACAAUUAGUGAAAGUCAAGAAUGAACCUAAAAAAAGUAAAUUUAACCUCGUCACAAAAACUGCCGGUGGCCUCGAUGAAAUGAAACGAAGAGGCGUUCCACUUGCAAAAAAGUUAAAUAGAGAAAGACAUUUGAUAAUAAACAAACGACGAGGGAAUGAAAAGAAAGGGAAGGAAAAUGACAAAAACGAUAAUAUAGAUGUUAGACGAGAAAAAGCGGACAAGAAUAAAAAAAGAAAAGAGCAACCUACUAAGCGAAGUCAAAAAGAUCCACCAAAAUGUCGAUGGAGAUAUGUAUGCGAAAACGCCACCAAUCUCGACUCUUGCCAACUUCACACAAAUUGUAUUAAAGAAAAUUCUAAGCAGACAAUAGAUGAUAUUUCCGUCAAACAUAAAAAGGACGAACAUAACUUAGAGAUAAUGCAAUUCCGUAAAAUGUUAGGAUUAUCGAUUAUAGACGAAGAAGUGGAGAAAAUAUUGGAGACUAGAAAUUUAUAUUUAAAAACAGCCAACGAAGAUGCUAUUAAAAAGGUUGAAAGUUUAUCCGAGUAUUUCAACAAUAUCAUGGUGAUGAAUGUUUAUGAAACAACAACAGCUAAGUCACGUGGUAUGUUUACCGAUAAACAGAAAAAUUCACAUCUCUACAGGGAGGAAAGCAACAAAAACAACGAUAUGUCGCAUACAAAAGACCUUUAAAAAUACUAAUGGAGAAAUAACAAAAUAUUUUAAUUAAAAACCUUAAAAAUUUGAAGUUAAAUUUACAUUUUUAGUAAUUAUGAUUACAAAGAGUUAAUAAGUUA